AUGCGCUCUCUUGUUGGCCUGAAGGCCUUGGUGACCCUGGCUGGGUUGCAGGAUGUCGCGUUGGCCAAGAAAGCUUGCAAACCACGCUCCUCCUCUGGCCUAGGUACCUCUCUGACGACCGCCCAAACGGCAACCAUCACCCCGAGCGCGGGAGGACUUGCCCCUCGAGGCGUACCCAACAUUGUGGUCAAUGGAAACUUUGUAGGCUAUGAUCCCAGUGUCGCGGGUGGAAUCUAUGGAUUUGAAGCAGACGGGGACGCUCGCCAGGUCACUGGCAUCGGAUACACCGGCGACAACAGCCAGGAAACAGCCUGUGCAUACUUUACGGUGCCUGAUUCCCGCAACACUAACACCGGUGUUUCCAAACGUGACGGCGUUGAAAGCCCACAAGUCGCCAGCAUCCGGCAAUGGCUGCAGUCGACGGAUCGAGAGAGCGUCUACACGAUGCGUGUCUGGUACUACGUCGACUACAACAAGUUGGCCGACACUUGCAAAUUGGUUGCUACCUACGACAACAAUGUCUUCGUCGAGUCGCCCUACUUCCCAGUUGUAGCCAAGGACUCUGGGUCGUUCAGUUGGUCGCCUCUGAUCCAGCAGAGUCCCGUCCUUUCUGACAGCGGCUAUCUCAAGUUUGAAGUGCAGUGUACCGGAGGCGGUGCUGCCGAUGUUCGGUUCGAUCAGGUCUUCUUUACCAACGAGGUCAGCCUGAGGGACCUCGACGAUAUCACAGUCAUUUACUCUUCGUUCGCCGAUACUCCAACGGUACCCCCGACUAUCAGCUCUACUGCCACUUCUCCUGCUUCGGCAACUGCGAUCUUGAGCACCGGCUCAACCACUGCUGCUGGAUCAUCUACCGUUGCUGGCUCUACAGUUUCUCCCGGGACGAUUGCUUCCUCGGCCACAGGCUCAGGAACUCAGAUCGCUAGCUCCACCUCCUCCUUGCCGCCCUCUACUUCAUCCAGCGUCGUGGGAGACAACACUUGUAUAGUUUUGGGUCAGGCUAGUGUUGCUGGCAGAGGGUGUGCCAAGCGCCCGUAUUCUGGGUCUUCUGGAUACAAAACCUUCCCAAAUCCCGACAUCACCAAGGAUCAGUGUGCCGCUCUUUGCUUGAGCGACGCUCGAUGCCAAUCGUUUCAAUGGAGCACUCAAGGCUCGGGAUGCCAAAACUAUUGUUCUUUGCUGGAAACCUCUCUUUCUGCUGGCUCUGCCGACAACGGUGGGAGUGGCUCCCCUUGGGCCUAUGACCGAUCUUGCAUUACUCAGUCAACAUGUCCGCAAGCCCCUGCCGAUACCGUCUGCGUUAAUGGUCAGGGGAACACGCCUGAUGCCGGUUGCACACAGUUCCAGGGCGUGGCAAAGGCUUGUGCGACGCCAUUCAUGACUGCCAGCAUGAGUCUCGUGUGUGGUGUCAGCAAUGGGUGCCGAGACCUCUGUGCCCAGACACCUUCCUGCAAGUCUUACUCUUACUCUUAUGAUAGCACGAACAACUGCAAGUUGUACUCGGCAUCAGCUGCCACGGUUGGGACUGCUCAAGGAAGUGGUAGCAUCUUGUUCGCGGACGCGAGCUGCUCUGCUUGUGGGACAGGCAUGUCGCAGUUCAAGUAUCUGCCAAAGCUGUCAGACCCCUCAAACAUGCCCAUCCUGAACUGCCCAGAUCCUUCAGCCACUCCAGCUUCGUCCUUGGUGCCGACUACUACCACACAGUCCUCCCCGUCAACCGCAUCAAGCUGUCCCCAGUAUAUCACAGCUCCAGGAAUGUGCUAUGGCGCCACACCGACAGCUGUCGGCUCCGUGUGCAACAAGCGUGGAACCAAUUCAAAUACCUAUACCAAAUCGCUCGAUGAGGUUCCGAACCAGAGCAUGUCCGAGUACUGUGCCCUGGCAUGCGACAGCGAUUCUGAGUGCAAGUCUUACACAUGGGAUUACAACCUCUCCCCGUUCAGCUGCCAGUUUUCCAAGAACACAGUCACCGACAACAUCGCUGCUGACCUUUUCAUUCCCAGUGAAAUGGUCAACCAGCGCUGGUACGAUAUAGGGUGCAUGAGGUGCGUUCACUGUGGCACUACCCCUCAAUCAUCGACCUUGUUAUCUUCGUCUUCGGCAUCUUCAACUAUUCCAUCAGCAUCAACUACAACAGCCGCGGCAUCACUACCCCAGAACACAUGCCCAGGCGGUCUUGCGUGUACACUUAAGACAUUCGCCCCCGCUGGUGUUUUCUGCAAGCAGCAAGGCCAGUUUAGUGGUCUGAUCGGUGCCUCAGUGCCCGAUGCAGUCAAGUUCCCCCAAAAGGCGACCUCUGCAGAGGAGUGUGCUUCUAUUUGUUCUCAGACCACGAACUGUCUGGCGUCGUCCUUCUCGGCUGUGCAGGGAUGCGGUCUUAUCACCGAGACACUUGCACAAGCUGGGUUUGUGCCUGGAAGCACAUCUGACUCUUGGGGUACUGUUUGGAGUGAUAAUACUUGCUUCGACUGUGCAGCAUGUGGUACUGCAGCAUCUUCCACAGUGGCCACCCCAAUAAGCACACCAUCGUCAGCCAUACCGGCGGCUACUUCUACCGGAAGCUCAACAGCGUUACCAACUGACUGCUUGGGUCUGAGCUGCCGGAUCACUUCGCCUGUUGCUUCUGGAGUGUACUGCAGACAGCCCGGUGACUUCCAGGAAGAUAUUGGUGUAUGGAGUCCUGACCCAGUCAAGUUUCCCCUCAAGCCCAUAACGGUAGAGCAGUGUGCGGCCAUUUGUAUGCAGGAUUCGAGAUGCAAAGCUUCUUCAAUGACCUCCAGAGGCUUGUGCCAACUCUUUGACCGCACACUCAGCGCAGCUCAUUUCACACCCAGCACCGUCAAGAGCAUGGAUGUCUGGAGCGAUAAUGCAUGCUUUGAGUGCUCAUCAUGCAGUAGCACGUCUACGCCUAUAUCGCUUGUUUCGAGCACAGUGCCACCCUCAACCACGACAACUCCAACACCAUCAAGCACCACAGAUGGAUGCCCGACGUGGCUCCCUGGUCCGGGUGGAUGUGUUCAUUCAACCCCGUUCCCGUCAGGGUAUGUGUGCGACGUCAAGGGCACCGUUCCUGCAAGCAGUGUCUACACGUACUCUUUGGUGACACAACCUCUCCAGCGGGGUUUCGGCGACUGUGCCUGGAUCUGUUUCAACGACCCUAGCUGCAAAGCCUACGGAUGGGUAUCGGGUACAUCGUCAGGGUGCAAGUUCUCAACAGUAUCCUUAGAUGGACAGCUCACCACAGACUCAACAUCCGAUACAAGAUGGUUCAACAUGAACUGCCCCCAGUGUUAUUCUUGCCCGAACAAGGCUCCUCUCUCGACAAAGACACCAGUGUCCACCUCGCCGCUCACUAUGUCCACUCCUACCACUUUCGGUACAAUAACAACACCAGUUUUGUCAAGCAUUGA